AUGUCCGACCACUUCGUCCUAAGCGAAGAUAAUGUGAUCGACUAUGUGGGAACGAGGCUUUUGAGAAGUGACCAGCAGCAAGAGGAAGUAAUGCUGCAGCCUCAACGAUGGUUCAGGAGACGUGACAAGGCACGGCGGUCCUGUCCCGACUGCAGCAUAAGUAAAAGUCGACCAAAGAUCCGCGGAUAUUCCCUAGGAAACAUACUAGCUGAACGACCGUUUCAGGUCGUUUCGAUGGAUUUUGUGAUACGCUUACUGAAGUCUCGGUGGGGCAACACAGCGUUAUUACUGUUUCAAUGCGCAUUCAAGGGAAUCGUGAUGGGCAAAGCCAUGGCAGACACGACUGCUCUGAGAGUAGCUCAAUCUUUUGAGGAGUGUGUGUACCGAAGCUUCGGCGCACCCUUCCUCAUCUGA